AUGAGCUCCAAUGCGUAUCGCAAGGUUUUUUUCUCUCGAAAUGUGCCGUAUGCUAUAAAGCAAUUUCGUCAGCGGUUGCGCAAGAACGACGCCAACUCAAUUGUGAUUGAGACUUUUGCCUCUGAAGAGAGCUGCAUUCCACGGGAAGAACUGCUUGAACGAGUAAAAGGAUGCAUAGGAGUGUUUUGUCUGUUAACAGACAAAGUGGACGCUGAAGUUCUGGACGCCGCUGGACCCUCGCUUCGUGUAGUAUCGACCAUGUCAGUCGGCUACAAUCACAUCGACGUAGAAGCCUGUCGAGCUCGCAAUGUGAGGGUUGGGUACACACCAGGUGUAUUGAACGUGUCGACUGCUGAGAUGGCGGUGGCAUUGACUUUCGCAACCAAGCGACGAUUGUUUAAGUGCGCAGCCAGCGCCAAAGCUGGAGAAUGGGGUGUCUGGCAACCGUUCCAGUAUUGUGGAUCUGAUGUCACUGGCAGCACGGUUGGUGUGAUUGGACUUGGACGAAUUGGUACGACGUAUGCACGUAUGAUGAAGAACGGUUUUAACUGCAAGAUCCUCUACACAGGGCCACGUGAAAAGGUUGAUAACGCCAAGUCCCUUAUGGGUGAGCCAGGUUCUGUCAAGUUUGUGGAUUUAAAGACACUGCUGCGUGAAAGUGACGUUGUGAGCCUCCACCAGCCUUUAAACGAGGCGACAUGUAAUAGCAUCGGCCCCAAAGAGCUACAAUUAAUGAAGUCCAGCGCAGUGUUAAUCAACACAGGCAGAGGGGAGCUCGUAGACCAGGAUGCGCUCAUACAGGCGCUAAAGAUGAAAGAGAUCGCAGCAGCUGGGUUGGACGUGACGAAUCCUGAACCGUUAUCACCCAUGUCCCCACUAUUUUCACUUGAAAAUUGCGUUGUUAUGCCUCACAUCGGUUCAGCUACGGUCAAGACUAGGCAAGCUAUGGCGGAUAUCGCCGUUGCUAAUCUCACUGCAGGCAUUCAAGAUAAGGAGCUACCACAUGGAGUGCACUAG